AUGGUCUAUACGGAUGCCAAUGGAACGGUCCAGGUCUACCCAGCCAAUUGGAUAAACGUGCGCGCCGGCAGCACUAGUAGACUAACCCGCGGUAAGAUACACAACAUUGUGCAGAUUGUGGUUCAUGAGAGCUUUGGCAACUUCUUGAAUGACGUGUCCGUAAUGCUUGUCCAGACGCCGUUCUCAUGGACGGACCGAACACUGCCGAUAGCGCUGCCCACCAAGAAUACGCCAGGCGGUGUCAAUGUCACCAUUUCUGGCUGGGGUCGCCUCUAUACUGGCGGCCCAAUGCCAUUUAAUUUGAAAUGGAAUACGCUCAAAUCGCUUACGUUGGACGAGUGUGAGAGCUCCAUUGGCUGGGGCAAGGAAUCUUUACUGUGUUUGAGCCAUAAGGUGGACAAUGGUGCCUGCAAUGGCGACUCCGGCGGCCCGGCUCUCUAUGAUAAUGAGCUGGUGGGCGUGGCCGGUUUCGUUGUGGACGGUUGCGAUAGCAACUAUCCAGAUGGCUAUGCACGUGUCUAUUAUCACAUAGACUGGAUCAAAAAGCACACAGACUUGUAA